CUCGUUCUGUUCUCCGCUUCCGUUACUUUUGUUUAAAGCCAAUCCUUUCACGGUGCUGUCGCUUCGUCUCACGUGGAUCAUGGCCGAUCGGGACCGCCUCCCGUCGAUCGCCUGAAACCAGGUUGUUGGGAGAAGAUUUCUUUAUAAAAUUUUGCAUUCGUCGGUUUGCCGGCCGUCGGUUGGGGUUUGGAUUGUUGAAUGGCGAUGGAGGAUGCGACGGAGAGCUGCGGGAGUUGGGCGGCGGCGGAUUCGUCUCCCGUGCACACUCGGCAGAAGCUGAUGCAGCAGCAGCAGCAGCGCCAUAAGUUGGACGUGUAUAACGAGGUCCUCCGCCGCCUGAGGGAGGCCGGAUUGCCGGAGGUGCAGUCGCCGUCCUUCGAGGACGGGUUGUGGAACCACUUCAAUCGUCUUCCUGCACGUUAUGCCUUGGAUGUUAACGUGGAGAGAGCAGAAGAUGUCUUGACUCAUAAAAAGUUGCUGGAACUAGCUGAAGAACCUGCAAAUAGGCCUGUCUUUGCCGUGCGCUUGGUCCAGAUAAUAGGAGAGGGGCAAUCAACUUCCAAUUACUUCAAACAUAGCGUUCAUCCUCCUCCUGCCUUUGGUUCUUCUCCUAAUCUCGGGGCUCUUGUUCUUGAAGCCAGCAAGCAAGAUGUUGAAGAUGGUGAUAGUGAUGCAAACUCUGCGCACUUGCCCAGGCCAAUGCACGAGAUCACCUUUUCAACUAAUGACAAACCAAAGCUUUUGAGUUUGCUGACUUCAUUGCUUGGUGAGCUUGGCCUUAAUAUUCAAGAAGCACAUGCAUUCUCAACAAACGAUGGCUACUCCUUGGAUGUGUUUGUUGUUGAGGGUUGGCCUUAUGAGGAAACUGAACAACUGAGGGAUUUGUUACAGAAGGAAAUUCACAAGAUGGGGAGACAAACUUGGUCAAAGUCUCAAGCAUGGUCUCUUCAAAUACAGAGUCCACUACGUGAAGGCAACUCUCUGCCAGAGCAUGUUCAGAUACCAACAGAUGGAAUUGAUGUUUGGGAAAUUGAUUUUCAGCUUCUCAAGUUUGGAAAUAAAGUUGCAUCUGGAUCAUAUGGGGAUCUAUAUCGUGGAACCUACCAUAGCCAGGAUGUGGCAAUUAAAGUACUAAGGCCCGAGCGUGUAAACAUAGAUAUGCAGCGAGAGUUUGCCCAGGAAGUAUUUAUCAUGCGGAAGGUCCGUCACAAGAAUGUGGUACAGUUUAUUGGAGCUUGUACUAGACCUCCAAAAUUAUGUAUUGUUACAGAAUUUAUGUCAGGGGGUAGUGUCUAUGACUAUCUUCAUAAACAGAAAGGAAUUUUUAAGCUCCCAGCUUUGCUCCGAGUAGCAAUUGACAUAUCCAAGGGAAUGAAUUACUUGCAUCAAAAUAACAUUAUUCACCGAGACCUUAAGGCUGCCAAUCUUCUGAUGGAUGAGAAUGAGGUGGUUAAGGUUGCAGACUUUGGUGUUGCACGUGUCAAAGUGGAGUCCGGAGUUAUGACUGCUGAAACAGGAACUUAUCGAUGGAUGGCACCUGAGGUCAUAGAGCACAAGCCUUAUGAUCACAAAGCUGAUGUUUUUAGCUUUGGAAUAGUCUUGUGGGAACUGCUUACAGCUAAGCUUCCAUACGAAUAUUUAACCCCACUACAAGCUGCAGUUGGAGUGGUUCAAAAGGGCUUGAGACCCACCAUUCCAAAGAAUGCACAUCCAAAGCUUGCUGCUCUGCUCGAGGGGUGCUGGAAACAAGAACCCACUGACCGGCCCGACUUCUCAGAAAUAUUAGAGACACUACAACAUAUUGCUAAAGAGGUUGGGGAAGAAUCUGAUGAUCGCCGCAAAGAAAAGUCAUCAAGUGGUUUUUUCUCAGUUCUCAGACGAAACCAUUGAGUCCUUUUUGCAAGCCGAGAUCUGAAUGCCUAUUGUUUCCAUCACGCAUUUCUGGGAUCUGGGAUCUGGGAUCUGGGAUCGAACUUGGCCACCCAAUCUUCUUGUUCUGGUAGGUGCUAUUUGGUGCUCGAUUUGCUGCUGGAAUUGAUAGGAUUAGUUUCUUAAGAACUGUACAGUAUUAAAUUUGUGGGUUUCGAUUCUGUUUUUUGAUUAUUGAGUUGAAUUUUUUUUCCUUAAUCAGUGGCGUGAAAUGUAACUUGCAUGACUAGUUCUCACACUCUGACGCAAGAGUUCUAAUCAAUUCUUCUUUGUGUAA